CGAGGACAGGUUGGAGAAGAAUCCGGAAGCAAGUAGUGCUGUUUGGUUUCUUCCAGGGUCUGGAAGCAGAGAAGCAACUGGGCUGAAGGAAGUCAGCUGCUGCUGCUGCUGCUGCUGCUGCAGGUUCCUUCCCUCCCCAAAUGGAAGCCCACUGGGGCUGCAGGCUGUGAAACUGGUGGCUGCAAUUUUCUGCUGGUGGGAAGAGUUAAAAAGUCUCUUUCAAGUGAAGGUUGAUUCUUUGGGAAUAGCUUCCCUCCAGAGGUUGUGGCUGCUCCGUCACUGGAGGUUUGUAACAGAGGAACAUAGUUGGAAGGAUCCUUGGAGUCUUCUAUUCCUACAUCCUGCUCAAGCAGGAGACCCAAUAUCAUUUCAGACAAAUAGCUGUUCCAGUCUCAAGCCACCAGUGAUGAACCCCCUACAACUUCUGAAGGCAAGGAGAUGGCAAUAAGAGCACACUGGACAACUGAUAAUAACAAGCAACUUUGAAAAGGAAGGAAAAUAAAACCACAGAAUUCUCAUUCUCCUUGUCAGAUAGACAAAAGAGAGAAAAUUAAGAAAGAUUUCAAACUGGAAUAAGUAGAUUAUGAAGAACUCAAGGAUAUAUUACAUGUACAGUCAAGGGAGAAUAUUUUUUAUUCAGCAAAAGAGGGAAAUAUCUGGGACCCAGUGGGAAGGAAAAGGUCAACUGGAUAGCCACAUAAGGUAGACAGUGAUACAGGCCUUGCUUUGGGAGGAAGGAAAAGGCUUUAAUCAAAACUGCACUAAAAAAAAGGAUCACGCAUAUUUUUGACCUCAAGAAUAUUAGGGGUGGAAAAGCUGCACAGAUGCGCCUAUUGAAGGAAAAGCACAGAUUGCAAAUCAUAGCUGAUUAUGCACGAGAAGAUCCACACGGUAUAAAAGCCAUAAAAGUGCUCCCAAUGUGGUAAAUACUUUAGUGAGCAUGGCAACAUGGUGAUACUUCAGAGGACUCACAUCACGUGUGUGUAUCCAGAUUGUGUGAAAGUUUCAUUGGAAAUUCACACCUCAUGAGACAACAGAGGACUCGCAUAGGAGAGAAGCCCUUUGAAUGCCCUAUCUGUGGCAAAAGUUUCAGUCACAAUUACAGCCUGGUGAACCACCAGACGACUCACACAGGAGAGAAACCUUUUGAAUGUCCUGAUUGUGAAAAAAGUUUCAGUCAAAAUUCCAAUCUGGUGAGACACAAAAGGACUCACACAGGAGAGAAACCCUUUAAAUGUCCUGAUUGUGGGGAAAGUUUCAUCAAAAAUUCCCACCUCAUUAGCCACCAGAGGACACACACAGGAGAGAAACUGUUUGAAUGUCCUGAUUGUGGAAAAAGUUUCAUUAGAAAUUCCCACCUCGUGAGACACCAGAGGACUCACACAGGAGAGAAACCCUUUGAAUGUCCUGAUUGUGAAAAACGUUUCAAUCAAAAUUCCAACCUGGUGAUACACCAGAGGACUCACACAGGAGAGAAACCUUUUGAAUGUCCUGAUUGUGAGAAAAGUUUUAUUAGAAAUUCCCACCUCAUUAGCCACCAGAGGAUUCACACAGAAGGGAUACCCUUUGAAUGUUCUGAUUGUGGGAAAUGUUUUAGUGAGAAUUUUAGCCUGGUGAAACACCAGAGGACUCACAUAGGAAAAAAACUCUUUGAAUGUUCUGAUUGUAGAAAAAGUUUCAGUCAGAGUUCCCAGCUCGUGAUACACCAGAGGACACACACAGGAGAGAAACCCUUUGAAUGUCCUGACUGUGGGAAUAAUUUUAGUCAGAAUUGCCACCUUGUGAGACACCAGAGGACUCACACAGGAAAGAAAUUGUUUAAAUGUUCUAUCUGUGGGAAAAGUUUCAAUCACAAUUCUAACUUAGUGAUACAUCAAAGGACUCACACAGGAGAGAAACCCUUUGAAUGUCCUAUGUGUGGUAAAAGUUUCAGUGAGAAUUACAGCCUGGUGAAGCACCAGAGGACUCACACAGGAGAGAAACCCUUUGAAUGUGCUAUUUGUGGGAAAAGCUUCAGUCACAGUUCCAGCUUGGUGAUACACCAGAGGACUCACACAGGAGAGAAACCCUUUGAAUGUCCUGAUUGUGGGAAAAGUUUCAGUCGGAAUUAUGACCUGGUGACACACCAUAGGACUCACACAGGAGAGAAACUCUUUGAAUGUUCUGAUUGUGGUAAAAGUUUCAGUCGGAAUUAUGAUCUGGUGAUACACCAGAGGACUCACACAGGAGAGAAACCCUUUGAAUGUUCUGAUUGUGGUAAAAGUUUCAGUAAGAAUUCCAACCUAGUGAAACACCAGAAGACUCACACAGGAGAGAAACCCUUUGAAUGUUCUGAUUGUGGAAAAAGUUUCAGUGAGAGAUCCCACCUCAUUAGCCACCAGAGGAUUCACACAGGAGAGAAACCAUUUGAGUGUCCUGUUUGUGGGAAAAAUUUCAGUCAGAGUUCCCAGCUCAUGAUACACCAGAGGACUCACACAGGAGAGAAACCGUACGAGUGUCCAGAUUGUGGGAAAGGUUUCAGUACUAGGUCUAACCUUAUAAAUCAUGUGCUUAUACACACAGGAGAGAAACCAUUUAAAUGCCCUGAGUGUGGACAGUGUUUCAGGAAACAUUCCACCCUUAUCGGACAUAAGAAAAUCCACAUGAGGCCCACAGUUAUGAGUGUAGAGAAGACUUGAAUUUCAUUUCUAACAACCCAUUGUAAGUACGGCUGAGAAAUUGACUCCUUAAUUUGACUACAAAUAAUUUGCUUUUUUUUGUAGUCAAAUAUGUCAUGGUAUUAGACAGGAAGGAGAAAAGAAAAAAAUGGGACAUAUUAGUUUGAUAAUGGCUAUCUGGCCAUCAGCAGCAGAAGUUGCUGGAAAUUUAAUUUUGCAGAAAUUGUACAAGUCUAUAAAAAUAUUUUUGGGAGUGUCUGUUGUGUUUUUAUCAUAAUAAAUGAUAGAAAUGCCACAUGCAGGGUCCCUUCCUUCUCACUGUGUGUCCUCAAGGUUUUCAGCCCCAGAAUUCCCCAGCCAGCAUCUCUUCAGGAUAAGAGCACUCAGACUAGUUAACAGAUUGUGGCUCCUUAUAUAAUGAGAAAGCAAGAGAAGAAGCAGACGGGUUCCAAAGUUAAUCUUUUCACAACAGUUCCAGGAAUUCAGUGCACCAAGCAUGUCUAUUUAGAUUGUGUCAAGAAUGAGGGACGUAAGUCGAAGAAACCAUAUGAAUAGCAAAUAUAUUGAGGAAGUUUGGGGCAAUGACAAAAGCAGUGUAAAAUUUCUGAUGUAAAGGCUGUUCCCCCUUGCAGGUCACCUUCAUGCAGAAGAGCUAUAGGAAUAUUGAGCUGAGAAAAGGGAUUGUGGUUUUGAGCACAGGAUCUCCAGGUUUAUUUUGAAAUCCUGCUGUGAACUCCUUUGCUUGGAGGAGCCUCGUUAGCCUUCGAUGGCUGGGGGGUGAGAGCAGAACCUAGGGACUGAUAUUUUUGUGGUUCCCCCACCCCUUGGUGGAGAGAUGUGGGGGGAAAUUGUCCAAUUGAAUAAUGUUUCAUUUCUAAAACAGCAUUGCGUAAGAAUCAUGAAUAGCUUUUGAGCAAGAAAAACAAAAGAGAGUGUUUCUGUAAACAUUGGAACAAGGUAAUGCAAAGCUCUCUUCCCAACACAUGGUAGAUAUGUGCUGUUUUUUCACUUCUAUGCUAGGGCUCCUUAGUUUAUUUUCAAAAAAUUAUCCUUCAAAUAAAGAGAGGAACAGUAUCUGUAGCAGUGAAAGUGACAUUUUAGCUAUGCAGAUGGAUUAUCCUGAUUUUGCUAGGAUUGGAAGACACCGAAGAAUUCCAAGAUUGUUUAUUUCACCAACACCAUUCAAAAAGACAGGUUAAAAAUUUUUUUGUAGGUCACCCAUUGUUCAGAACCUCCAACCAUCUGUCGUUCAGAACUAGGUACGCACGCCCCCUUAUUUCCUCAACAUCAAACACUGCAGAUCUCAAAUGCAAACUGAUAAAUGCAAGAAGCAUUGUAAACAAAUUGCCUGAAUUUCUCCUCUUGUUAAAUACUGGUACAUUUGACAUUAUAUUUGUAUGCGAAACAUGGCUGAACUCAUCCCUCCCUGACUCCAUUAUUUCAGACAAAGAGUAUCAUGUUUUUCGGUCAGAUCGUGAAACCCACAGAGGAGGUGGAGUGGCUAUCUUUUACAAAAAGUCACUGAAUCUAAAAAUAUUCAAGUUGCACAUAAACUCGCUCUUCCUGAAACUAUUGUAUGCAAACUGUCCCUUAACAUCACACUUCGCUUCUUGCUAUGCUACAGAGCCCCUGACUACGACAUUGCACAUGCGAACAUGUUAACCACACUACUAACAUGGGCCACCUCUUGCCCAUAUCCUCUCAUCUUCCUGGGUGACCUCAAUCUACCUCUUAUUAACUGGAUAACAGAUGAAGGUAGAACUGAACCCAUUCACAGGGCUAUAUAAAAAUAUCAAGCAAAAUUAAACAAAGCCAAUCUAAGAAUCAGAGGGAUGGUCUACAGGGCAAGUUCAAAAGGCGUAAGUUCCCAAUGAAGCGAACAGUCCUUUUCCACAGAAUCAAAGUUUGAAGCUCAGAUUGAAAAGUGUAAAUAGGUGUUUUUGGAGGAUACUGGAUCUUGAAAUCUGCAGCUUUGAAUUUGGGGCUGGAGUAGCAGGAACAGCUGAAUGGAUAGAUUUUGUGGGGAGGAAAAGGGCCCAGUUUGGUGGUCACCUGAGAGACGCUCAUUUCCACUCUUGCUUUAGGCACAAAGCCAUCUCAGAGACCUUGGCCUGUCCCUCCUCUCAGGCCUUGGAAAGGGGAAAUCUGCUUCCAAAAAACCUUGCCAAGGAAACUGCAGGGAAAUGGGAGUGCAGGAUAACUCCCCAAAACCUACUUUUGUAACUGAGCGAACCUUGAAGAGUGAAGCCUGACUACUUAGGUGCUGUGCCAUAAACAUUUAUGAAGCUCUUGUUUGUGUGCACAGCCGCUAAAUGAUUUCCAGCUUCAUCUUAUUAAUAGAAUAAUGAAACAUGGAACAAUAACUGGAAGCACCCACCCUCCUUGCUUCUACACCACAUCUAGAUAUGAAAUAUUCUCUCUAUCUACAUUCUUGCAGAUCUUUUAUCUCACUAGAAAGAGGAAUUGCUCAGAGCAGCCUUUCCAAUCUCCAUAGGAAUUAGAUUUCAGACUUAUUCCCAAACAGCUUGAGCAAAAGGCUUAGAGGACACUACUGUGUUUCCCCAAAAAUAAGACCCGGUCUCAUUUUUUGGGU